AUGUCUACACAAACCGCUCCGGUCAUCCCACCUCGACCGGCUCGAUCCCCACAACCACCCACAUCGGUAGACAUGCCGCGGAUUCCCCCUCGUCCAUCGAAUCGCCGCAUCGAUCGAUCGGUGUCGCCAAUGCGGGACAGUUAUGCGCCCUCUCCUUUCAAUGAAUGGAGUGGCCCCAGUAUAAGCCGAACGACGUCGAACGAUCUCCCCCCUCGUCCGCCGAGCGUCACGAUACCGUCCUUAGGGGAGGAGGGAAUUGAGUAUGCUGAUCUUGAUGUGGGGAACAUGUCUGACAGCCAUCAUCAGGCGCCCACGGAGACGCGAAACGUUAGCAGUGACCUAAAGAUUCAUGCACCAAGACCUUCAUUGCCAACUUCAAGUGCUAAGGCAAAAGUGCAGGCGGUCACUCGCACGGACUCUCGCCAGGCCGCAGCAGCAGGCCUCGGCCGGGAGAGUUCCCACUCUCCAGCAAUACAGGAGGAGUUGGAACGCUCUAGCCGUUCUUUACACUCUCGAACGAGUGGCUCGCGGGCCGAGUCCUCUACCGCUUCGGCUGACCGUCGGCAUUCCGCACAGCCUGGAGAUGAACAUGGCUUCCGAGUGCCCAUGUACCCUAAUGCGGGUGACGUUCAGGCCCCAUCACCAAGCCCUUACCUUGAACAGGGCUCGCAGCGUCAGGGCCGCAACCAUAACCGAACUCGCAGUGGACGGGAUGUGUCCCUUCCCCCUGGGAGCUAUGGCUUGCAUGGGCAUGGUGUCCAGCAUGCCGAUAAGUUCGAGAAGGCCUGGUAUGAAAAGCACCCUGAUGAGUUUGCCAAGGAAGAAGGGCAGUAUGGCCCAGGUGUCGGUACACCCCGCCCCGAUUGGGCUUUGAGCAGUGAUGAUUUGAACAAGAUUGUUCAAGGCUCAGCCUCCACCCCGACUGGAGCUGGGACAACCCCUGAUGUCACAGGAACUCCGGAAGAGGAGGUUGGCUACCUCGCUACCGACGAGUAUGUUCAACGGAUGGCCUCUCCACCUCCCGAUGCUCGGCUUGAUAGUCAGCCCGCCGUAGAAUCACCCCUCCGGCAAAUGAGCUUCCCGGCAUCUGAAACUGAGCCCAAGGAUCCUCCCCGUUCUCCGCUACGCCAUAUCCGUCGUACCAGCUCGCACGGACGUCAUACGGAUAACGACGUGAUUCACGUUGAUGAUCCAAUGCAUCCUCUCCACCACCCCGACGGAUUUGCUCCGACACCGGCACCAGAUGAUCUGACAACCCACCGAGAGGAACCCAUUGAAGAAGAAGAGCCCAUUCUUGCAGCUGACGAAGUACGUCCCGAGUCCGCGUAUUUGCAUCCUGCCAUUUCGCCUACCUUCGAACAUAGAGGAAGCUUUGAUGAAGACAUUCGCAGCCGGACACCAAGCGUCUCACAUAGUCGCUCAAAUAGCAGAUCAACGAGCGCUCAGGGUGCCCAUAUGCUGACUCGCUUCGAUUCGCGUGAGCCAUGUGAUGAUGCCUAUACUCCCUUAGAAGACGUGGAGGAAUAUGAGCCGCUGUUCCCUGAUGAUGAGACCAGGAAGGAACGCUCUGCUUCCGCAGCAGAGCGUUUCAAGAAGCGCCCUGAAUCUCUCAAGCAUCGAUUCCCGAGCGAGGACAUUUGGGAAGAUACUCCAAACAGUCUUCAGCAUUAUGCCACAGUUACAACUCCAGAUCUUCCCAAGCGUAACUCUUCUGAGAUCUUUGAAAGCCCCGAGAAGGAGGCAGCGAGGAAAUUCCAGACAACAAAGCUCGAUUCUCACCAAGUCGCGAGUCAUAUUCUCGAAGGCGAUGGAGCUCGUUCUGGAGAAAAGAAAGCAACUCGUCCGGAUGCUCUCAAGCAACGGUUCCCGAGCCGGGACAUUUGGGAGGAUGCUCCUGAUAGCCAGCAGCUGGUGACCACCGUGGAACCGGCUGCCGAUGAAGUGAAGAGCCCUGACGCAUCUAAGCCAUCGAUUCCUCCUCGUCCUCAGAAGCUAUCUCAGGCAACAUCACCAACUGAAAAGCGCCAACCACCAUUGAUUCCCGACAGACCAAAGCCUCAGAUUCCGGCUCGCCCUGCCAAGCCCAGUGGCCAGGCUUCGGCUGAAAACCUUGCCAAGGCAGCCGAAGGACCGGCUGUACCGAAAGUGAAGCCUGCGAUUCCGGCCCGUCCUGGUGGUAGCAAGAUUGCGGCUCUGAAGGCUGGUUUCCUCACUGAUCUCAACUCACGUCUGCAAUUGGGUCCCCAGCAACCGAAGCCACAGGAGAAGGAGCCCGAGCCAGCAGCCGAGAAGCAGCCACUGAGUGAUGCGCGUAAGGGACGAGCCCGGGGCCCUGCGCGGCGGAAGCCCGCCGCGGAGAAUGCCAACGCGAGACUGCCUAGUAUUCCGGAGAUCAGGAUCACAGAAACAUGGAAUGUGUGGUCAGUCGGUGAAGAUGGCAACUUGACUGUCGGUAGCGACGACAAGGAAUCGAAGCCUUCAACGACAGCUGACCCUGUCCAUCCGUCUGAACUAUCUGCAGCUCCAGAACUUGCCAAGAACACGGCGGGUGAGUCCGUCGAUCCGAUCCCAGAACCACCUGUUGGUGAGACCACAGCCUCGGAACCCGAGCCAGUCCUUACGCAAAGUUCAGCGGAAGCUGCAGAGGUGGUCGAUUCCCCCGUAAAACCAGCUAAGAAGGAAGAGCUUGAAGAGUCCGCAGCUGAAGCCCAACCGCUCAACGAGUCGGUCUCUACCUCGCCCAAGGUGGACAGUGUUUUAGAGCACAUGGCUGCCUCGGCUGAUGGAAAAAUGGCUUCCGAUGGCGAGAUUCAUCACGUGGAUUCAUCCUCUUAG